AUGCCAGGAUCGAUGGAAUUAAUUGGCAUGGAUUUUUGGGGGCCAACAAGACAAGAAUCAGCAAAUGGCAAUAAAUACGUACUGGUCAUAACCGAUUAUCUGACAAAAUUCGUGGUUGCGAAGGCGUUACCCAACAACACGGUCCAAACAACUGCUCAAGUAUUUGUUGAAGAAUUCAUAUUUAAAUUUGGUGUGCCAAAUCGGCUUAUUACCGAUCAAGGAGUCCACUUUAACAACGAAUUACUCAAAAAUGUGGCAGCAAUGAUAGGCUUCGAUCAUAUUAAAUCAACACCGUACCAUCCACAAACAAAUGGUCAAGUGGAGCGGUUUAAUGCAACAGUCCAUCCACAACUGACGAAGUUGUACGACGAGAAUUUGAACAAUUGGGACGAAUAUUUGCCGGCUGUUCUUUACGCAUACAAUACUGGACAACAUGCCACAACCGGGUAUUCACCAUUUCAAUUGAUGUUUGGCCGAGAACCAACAUUGCCACUAGCCCAAAAACAGCCAACGUUCACAUUGACAAAACCAAAUGACUACUGGCCCAGAAUGAUGCGGUCAUUAAAAAUGUAUCAUCAAACGGCACGAUAA